AUGUCGCAACCCAAGCUCACUCAGAAGUUUGCAGAAACUUUUGAGCAGGAACUGGAGUUCAUACAAAAAGGGACCUCAACCGAGGAAAGGUGGGGAACCUUGAGGGACAUCAUACAUAGCACUGCCAUGGAAGCCUUUGGUAAAAGAACAACAAAGACAACAGACUGGUUCGAGGCAAAGUCCUCUUUGAUGAUUCCUGCCAUAGAAUCCAAACGUAUAGCUUUGGCGGAAUACAAAAGAACACCAAGUCAGAAGAACCUUCUGUCGCUAAGAGCUGCCAGAGGCAGAGUCCAGUGUAUGGCUAGACUCUGUGCAAAUGAAUACUGGCAAGAACUCAGCGAGACCAUCCAGAAAGCCGCUAUAUCUGGUAACGUAAGAGGCAUGUACGAUGGUAUUAAAAGAGCCGUAGGACCAAAUCAGUGCAAAACAUCCCCCCUCAAGUCAUCAUCUGGCGUAGUACUCUCAGACAAAAACCAACAAAUGGAGAGAUGGGUUAAACACUACACAGACCUGUACUCUACUCAGAACACUGUGACUGUCUCAGCCCUGGACGCCAUUGAGUGCCUGCCAACCAUGGAUGAACUUGAUGUAGAACCAACAUUAGAAGAACUAAGUAAGGCUAUUGACAACCUGGCCUCAGGAAAAGCUCCUGGCAACGAUGGAAUCCCUCCAGACUUGCUUAAACAGUGCAAGAGCUCCUUGUUAUCACCCCUUCAUAAGGUUCUAUGUGAGUGCUGGGAGGAUGGGAGCGUGCCACAAGACAUGAGGGAUGCGAAGAUCAUCACCCUCUACAAAAACAAGGGAGAAAGAAGCGACUGCAACAACUAUAGAGGCAUAUCCCUCUUAAGCAUAGUCGGAAAAGUGUUUGCUCGAGUGAUCUUGAUUAGAUUGCAGGAGCUGGCUGAUCGUGUAUACUCAGAGUCACAGUGCGGAUUUCGCUCAAAGAGGUCUACGAUCGACAUGAUCUUCUCUCUUAGGCAGCUUCAAGAAAAAUGCAGAGAACAACAGAUGCCGCUAUACAUCUCUUUCAUUGACCUGACCAAAGCGUUCGACCUAGUCAGUAGAGAUGGACUCUUCAAGAUCCUCCCAACAAAUUGGAUGCCAAAACUACUGAGCCUAGUGACAUCAUUCCACGUGGAUAUGAAGGGAACAGUACAGUUCAACGGUAGUUCCUCGGAGCCAUUCAGCAUCAAUAGCGGUGUCAAACAAGGCUGUGUCCUCGCCCCCACGCUGUUUGGUAUCUUUUUUGCCAUGCUCCUCAAACAUGCAUUUGGUGCAUCGACUGAAGGAAUCUACCUACGUACCAGGUCAGAUGGUAAUCUGUUCAGCCUCUCUCGCUUUAAAGCAAAAACUAAAGUCCGCGAUAGACUCAUCCGGGACCUGUUAUUUGCCGACGGUGCAGCAGUUGUCACCCACACCCAUGAAGAACUGCAAACGUUGAUGAACCGCUUUUCAAUGGCCUGUGGGGAUUUUGGCUUGACUAUUAGCCUAAAGAAAACAAACGUUCUAAGCCAGAAUACUUCCACAGCGCCAGCUAUAGCCAUCGACGACUACCAACUGGACGUCGUCCACCAGUUCACGUACCUGGGAUCUACCAUUACUGACAACCUUUCCUUGGAUGUUGAGCUAGAUAAGAGGAUUGGAAAGGCUACAUCCACUCUCGCUCAACUUUCAAAAAGAGUUUGGACAAAUCCCACACUGAAAACUAGUACAAAAAUGGCCGUAUACAACGCCUGCAUAAUCAGCACUUUGCUGUACGGUAGCGAGUCGUGGACAACGUACUCCAGGCAGGAAAGAAGGCUCAACGCCUUUCAUCUGCGAUGUCUGCGCCGCAUCCUGGGCAUUUCAUGGCAGGACAAGGUGCCUAACACCGAAGUCCUGUCUCGGGCGAACCUUCCAAGCAUGUUCACUAUGCUUCGACAGCGCAGGUUACGCUGGCUCGGGCAUGUGCGUCGAAUGGAUGACGGACGUAUUCCCAAGGACAUCUUGUAUGGAGAAUUGAGAUCUGGGAAACGAAGCACCGGGCGCCCACAACUUCGAUUCAAGGAUGUCGUGAAAAGAGACAUGAAGACCCUUGAUAUUUACAUGCGAUCCUGGGAAGACCUAGCAGCAGAUCGACCCAGAUGGAGGUCCACACUACUUAGACAGAUCAGGUCAGAGGAAGAAAAGUUUCUGCAUGCAGCAGAAAACAAAGGCGCACAACGAAAGCAGCGCCUAAAUCCCGAAAGAUCAGAAACCAUUCACAGAUGGGACUCUUGCAGAAAAGAAUGUCUCUCCCGUAUAGAACUUUUCAGCCACAAACGUUGCUGUCAGAGAAAGACAAAAUAG